AUGGGCUCUCAAGAGACCCCCCUCACGGCUCUGCUUAUGCAAGAGUCUGAUCCAGGACUGCAUGAGUAUCAUCAUGCCCUUGCUGGUAUCGAGAAAUACUAUUCCCGUCUCCAUAUUGCAAUGGGAGAUGAUAGAAUUCAUGACCAGCUUGUGUUGAACCCGACCCAGUUUCUUUCACGUCUGAAAAGGUCCUUUGAGAUAUUAAAGACCAAGCAACUGGCUCGUCCCGUCUCGGAGGGCAUCUUCAAAGGUGUCGUGGUUCCCUUGAUCCGCCCGAAGGAAACCCUCCUUUCUUCCACCCAAUCAGUUCAGCUUGUUGGGUCGGCCCUGCCCAUGCUUCUCAAACACCCUUCCCCUUACCUGCGACAAGUUGCAGAAGUGCUGCUGUCGACCGAGGGCUUGUUUCACCACCUGGUUGCCGACGAGAAAUAUACUGCAAUGAUGAAAACCUGGCUUCUGUCCAAGAGAAAUUACCUCGACCUGCCACUGGUUACGCGGAUUGCAGAGAAGCUCUUCGCAAUGAGCAACGAUUGCUCAGCUGACCAUGGAACCUCAACCACAUUCGAGAAAUGGAAUAUGGUCAACCACUUGAUGGGAGAACUCCAGGCCCUAAUCCAUACAUACAACGAAAAUACCCAACGAUCCCGGCAAACCGAAAACCUCCCUCCCCUCGAGAAAAUGAAAAUGCUACAGCUUGAUGACAAAAAAUCAAACCGAGCCCAGCAUGAUUGCAAGGGGUUCACCAUUCCCGCCGACAUCCUCGACAAGUUACGUCUUCUCGACUGCCCCAUUCUCGAGACAGGUCGCGGUUUGACACACGCCCUUGAGUACCUCCACAACAGGGUAAUCCCUUCGUGUAUGCAAGUAGCUCUGGAAAGCUUUCCUUGCCGCUUCUGUCUCGAUGCAUUGACUGGAAACUCGGAAGCGUUUCUGAGCCCAUUGGAUCCACACACCAGUGAGCCUGCAGAGGUGGAGUCCAAAUACGACAUCUUCGGGAAGCGAGUGGGUUUGUGGAAAGUCUUGCUGUCUGACAAUGCUAUGAAAAGCGCAAAGAAGCUGGCUCGUGCAGGUGAUUUUGCCCGCGUGGAGCAGAAGCUGCGAGAGCUCGCUAGUGGUAAAUGGAAAGGAAAGGAUCUUUCCCAACGUGUCCAUCUCAAAAAGCAAAAGCAGAAGAUGCAGGUUCCUGUUCUCCAGGUGAAAGUAUUCCGGACGGUGUCCAUCCUCUGGCAAAUUGAUGUUGGGUUUUAUGAUGAGCUUCCAUGGGUCCAGCAGCAGAUUGUGAAAGGCAGGUCCCCAUUCCACCAUUGGUGGCCACCGACGUAUGCUAAUACUCGCAGUCUGGCAAAUUGUCUCCUCGAGACGACCAUGGAACAGAUCCUUGCUGUUCAACAGUCCUAUCAGCCUGAGUUCAUUGAGCAUUGCUUGCAACGUCCAAUGCAGGAAACCGAUGGUACAUUCGUGCCUCGGCAAUAUGGCAAUGUCAAGGCCACUGGCUCUGGCCAGAAGGGAUAUACCACUGCCCCUAAAGCGGAUCAGGCUCUCAUCGAGAUGUCAAGUGAGGACCUCUAUUGUGACACUCUCCUAGUAUUACUUGGCAAGCAUACUGACCAAAGAUUUUACGGAACAGACAAGUUUUACAAUCUCACCGAGCCCUUCUUGAAAUUCAUCAUGAGCACAACAGGCAGAGAAGAAGUCCCGUUUGACCUUUCACCGGAGGAGUUGGAUAUUGUUCGCCAUUUUACAACAUCAUCCUUGAUCUUGGGAAGAAGUGGCACUGGCAAAACCACCUGUCUUCUGUACAAGAUCCUCGCCAAAUGGAGAGCAAGAGAGUCAAUUCCUGAUGAAAAGUGUAUCCGACAGCUGCUGUUGACUCGAUCGUCCUACUUGGCUUCUAAACUGGAGACAUACGCAAAGAGUCUAAUCGACACUCAAUCCGGAGUCGCAUUGACUGAGAAAUCCAACAGCGGCAAGCCAACCUCCUUUUUUGCUCUGAAGCGUGGUGAUUUCCCAUUCGUUUGCACUUACGAGCAAUUUCUAGGAGUUCUCGAAGACACUAUCAGGAGAUCCGAUCGAAAGGACUUCCUUGGUGAUGUCAGCCCCAGUAAAUCGAAAAAAAUCGACUCUUCAGCAGCAAUUUCCAAGCCGAGGAUUGUCGACUUCAACAUUUUCAAGACUGAAUACUGGGGUUCCCUGUCUGGCAUGGUUCCCUCGGCCUGUUCUCCGGAGCUGCUCUUCGCCGAGAUAAUGGGCGUCAUUAAAGGCUCCAAUGUUUCAGCAAAGUCCUUGAGAUCACUGACGAGGGGGGAAUACAUUGGCAGAAACCAUAAAGCCUCUCCUGCCUUUGCUUCUGAGGCAGAGCGGGUCAAGGUUUACGCGGCAUUUGAGCGCUUUGAGAAGCAAAAGAAGCUGCGCAAAGAGAUUGAUGAGCUUGAUCGCCUGAUCCGCUGUUGCUUUGAGGAGAUUUAUGUGGACGAGAUUCAAGAUCUGCGCUGUCUUGAUAUCGUUCUGCUUUUGAGCUGCCUCUGUGAUGCUCGUGGUAUCCAUCUUGCGGGAGACACGGCACAAUGCAUCUCCAAGGAUUCGGUUUUCCUAUUCCCCGAGAUCAAGGCCAUGUUCUACGAUUAUUACGAUGAGGUUGCCAAAGAAUUGAAGCAGCCUUCAGUGGCCAAGCCUGUGCAGUUCUCGCUGUCCAAAAAUUACCGCUCACACCAGGGCAUAUUGAGCUUCGCUUCAUGGGUGAUGGACCUUCUCUGGAGUGGGUUUCCGGAGACCAUCGACAAGCUGGCCCCUGAGGUUGGUCAGACUGCAGGCCCGAAGCCAAUCAUCUUUGCCGGUUUUGACUCCUCGAUUCUUUCCGCAAAGAUGAUCGGUCUCGUCAAGCUCAAUGACCAAGUCGCCGACUUUGGUGCUGAGCAGGUCAUUCUUGUUCGGGAUGACACCGCCAAGGAAAAGCUUCAAGGGCAAAUCGGCGAGAUUGCUCUUGUUCUAACAAUUCUGGAAAGCAAGGGCAUGGAGUUUGACGAUGUUCUCGUCUAUGACUUCUUCGGAAGCAGUGGCUUUGGAAGCAGCUAUCGAUGUCUGUACCUUCUUGCUCGGGGAGAUCGAAGUCUCUUUGAUUCCCAAAAGCACGCGGCCCUGUGCUCAGAGCUAAAGCACCUCUAUGUCGCAGUGACAAGAGCGCGCAAGCAGCUCUGGUUUAUGGAGACCAAUGAAAACGCCGUGGAGCCUAUCGUCCAAUCACUUGCAGCCGGUGAUCGUCUCGGGCUUGCUGAGCUUGUGAAGCAGAAAGAUGAGGACGUCGCGGAACAAGUGAAGGUCUUGCGAGCUGGGGGUUCCGUGGACCCAGAGAGAUGGCUAAAACGUGCAGCCUAUCUUCUCCACCAGAAGAACUUCGCCGAUGCUCUUUUUUGCUUCAAGAAAGCCAACGAUUCUCAAGGGAUCGCUCAUGCACAAGCUUGUUUGUACGAACAGGAAGGAAGGUCCUGCCGCGCCGCGAGAGACUUCGAGGGGUUUACCGAAUACUUCAAGAAGGCCAUUGUGCUGUUUCUCAAAAUCGGCCUUCUUUCCGAAGCGUCAGGUUGCUUCGAAGCCCUUGGGCAAUACGACAAAGUUGCAGAGCUUUGGAAGGACCAAGGGGAGUAUCAAAAGGCAUCAUCCUUUUACGAAAAAGGAGGAUUCUUUGCCAAUGCAGCAGAAUGCCAUCAUGUGUGCGGAAACCAUGAGCAGGCGGUCGAGGUUCUGCGUCGCGGAGAGCAGUUCGACGAACUGAUCACCUACAUCGCCCAGAAUCGAGCCAGCCUCCAGGUCAAUACUCUUCUGCGAUACUCCCGACUGUGUAACAUUCUCUUGAGGCAGGGCCGGAUCUCGUCCAAUCUGAGGGCUAUCACUAUCAACAUGCUCGGGUCAGAUUCCGAUAAGGAGGCCUUCUUCAAGGAGUUUGAGAUGUUUGAUCAGUUGCACCUCUUUUACGCUUCCAAAGACCGGUGGAUAGAUCACUAUGAGCUAUCGGUUUCAACUGGAGAUCUCUAUCUGGCGAUGGAUACGCUGGUAUUCCACAAGCUGUUCCGGCAGAUCCAACAAAACUCCAUGGAAGCCAUUUUCCGGCAUGGGCUUGGCGAGAUGGUUUUCUCUCGCGCUGGGCUGAUCCAUCACAAGUACAAGCGAGAUUCCAGGGUACUGAAAGCUUCAAUUUCAACUCCGCUGGAAAAUAUUGCUGUUCAAUGUCAACUGGCAUUGGACUUGGUUGAAUCUCUCAGAGAUCACAGCCAAGAUAUGAACCUCGCUCAGUUGACGGAUGAGAUCUUACUGGACUUCCUCUGCCUUUUCAUGAUUUCCUUUCAAUUGCACUUGUUCAGCAGCUCCAACGUCCUAGAAAGACCCAUUGCUGUCAUGUUUCGAGCUGCGAAGUUGGUUCACGACAUUGGAGCUGAAGAUAAGCAUGCCAUAGACUGCUUGCUUCUUCUUUGUGGGAUUCUCAACGCUUCAAAGCAAUCCCGCAAGCCAGUUGUACUCCACUGGUCUCCCCUCAAGACUGAGGAUACAUCAAUCGAAGAUCUCUCGUUCAUGGACUUGCUUGACCGUGCUAAGCUCUGGGUGCGAGCGAGGUUCACGGCAGCAUUUGAGAAGUUCUUUGAGUGUGCUUCUCUUUUCUGGAAAAAUGAGAGUCCCAUUCGAUGCGCACAUUUCCUCGCUCAAGGGUCGUGUCCCAGACAAAGAAGAAACGAGUGCUCGUAUCUGCAUGAGACCCCUCAGCCAACCUGGUGUCAGUUGAGAGUGACAGACCUUGGCAGCAUCAAUGAGCUUUUCGCAAGAAUAACUCCUCUGUAUGCCCAAAAGUCGAUGAAUGAAGGUUUCAGCUCGAAAUUUCUGGGUCACAGGAAAAAGUGGAUAAUGUCACUCUUUGAAGAACUUCUCUUCGUUUCACCCUUCGAGCAGUCCGUAACUACGAUAGGGUUUCUGCGGAAUUGUCUCCAGAAAGAUCCAGAGUUUCAGGCAUCUGCAGGCUGUCUCGAGAAUCGUCUCUUUUACUGCAUCGGUAACGUUAAAGACUGGUUCAAGAUCAACAGCUACAGCGGUCUCUUAGAGCAAGUUCAACUUGCUCAUCUUCUUGGACCCCAAAUCGCAUUCCGCUAUACCAAGGGAGUGAUUUCAAAAACGCGAUACGUUCUUUCUCGUUCUCAAAGCCCCGAUCUCAAUUGCGCCUUAGAUGGGCUAGUCUCAAUCGAUGCAAUUCACAGGGGAGUAAUUGAGCGCCGCCAGCAGGUUUUUUUUGCUGGAGUCCGUGAUCUCCUGAUAAGUAUUGACAAGGCCUCUACAAAGUCGCUUUCGUCAUUCCACGCAGUCUUUUCUGUCCUCGAGUUUGUAGCCACAUACAUUCUCUGCGUUGCGAAUCCAGGCGAUGCCGUCGUGCUGCCGUGGUCAUGGACUCUGUUCCACUUGCCCCCGAUUAUGCAAACACCAUUUGCAAAUCCUUGCAAGCUGACGGAUAGCGAGAAGCGUUCUCAUGCUGGAUGCUUGAUGACAAUUGGCCUUGCAUUCUGCAGAACCCUCGAAAGGGUGGAGCUCGCAGCCCACAACCACGAGAUCAGGUUCAAGUGCGUGAACCGAAAUGUACCGAACGAAUUUAUUACGGAACGAGCGUUUGAUUUCCUUGCCAUCAUUCUCCUGAACCUGAGCUACUGGCUCAAUCCCCCAACGGCGUACGCUGAGUACGGGGAAUUGUGGCGGAGAAUGCAGCAGAUGUUUUGUGAGCCCGGUACAUCGGAAAUGCCCUUGACUCCAGCAGGGCUCCAGAAACUGCGGGAUGAUUGCAUCCGCACGUACAAGAGCUACGAGGGCAGAGACGAUUUGUGCGUGGUGGUUCUUAGGAACGACCCGCAGCCCACUUUGCAAGCGCGGGUGUUCUUGGAGACUAAAAUUCCGAUUUUGUCACUCUAUAAACUCAUGGAAUUUUACCCGAUGGAAGGACACCAGGGGAUCCCGCGAGCGGCAAACACGACCUCCGCCACAGAGGAGUACUCGAAGCAGGACCUGACUCGCAUCAUCAACCUCCAACGGCGUUGGCGACGCGUGAUGCACGCAUUAAAAGCCAGUCGCAGGAUGCAGGCCACCCUCCAAGGCCAAAUCAUCCUGGCCCUGGAAAAGGCUUCCUCCGCACCGUCCAGCUUCCUGCCCCAUGUCAAGCCAACUUCUUCUCUGGAGAGGAUCCACCGCCGCAAGAUUAUAUUCACCGAUGGCGUCGCCAUCCUCGGCGAUAUGGAGAAGGUGUCGACUAGUCUCCGACACCUACGGGAGCUGUGGAGAUCCCGCUUCGAUACCUCCUGGGAUACUUCCGAUCUCGAGGAGCUUGACACUGUUCAUGGCCACAUCACGCACUUGGAGGCUAAGUUCCAGCCUCUUACUGAAAUCUGGUCUGUGAAUGGGCUUGUGUCGGCCUUCGUGACUACCCGCGCGAAGGAGCUCGGCCUUAAGGCUCGCAAUGCGCAGCGCACCCUCUGGGCGCUCAAGCAGGAGGUGGAAGUUGUUCGAUCCAAGGUCCAAGGCUCUAUUUCCAGUACUACCGCU